UGUGCUUCCGCGGCCGGACCCGCUGCACCGGGAUAGAGACGCUGUCUUUUCUGGACGUUUUCAGGGGGGAAGUUCGUUUUUAUGACCGAGAGACACAAUGCGAGAUGUUCACCUGAGCAACGAGACCUGCAGCAACGGGUCCGCGGUGAGGUUGUGGUGUGGCCCCCAGUCUGCAGUGUGUCUGGUCACCGGAGAUCAGACACUGUACCACACACUCCCGAACAACGGCACUAACGCGACAGAUGUAAACAGUUCCUACAACCUGUGGCUGGGCCUGACUCUGGCCCUGCUGUCCGCCUUCCUUAUUGGUGGGAGCGUCAUUCUCAAGAAGAAAGCCCUCCUCCGAUUGGCCAGCACGGGUCACACCAGAGCAGGUGAUGGAGGUCAUGGCUACCUGAAGGACUGGCUGUGGUGGGGAGGCCUGUUAACCAUGGGAGCGGGAGAGGCCUUCAACUUUGUCGCCUACAUGUUUGCUCCAGCAACGCUGGUGACGCCGCUGGGCGCUCUGAGUGUCCUCAUCAGUGCAGUUCUGUCCUCCUACCUGUUGGGGGAGGUGUUGAAUGUGGUGGGGAAGUUCGGCUGUCUGCUGUGUGUGCUGGGAAGCAUCCUGCUGGUCCUCCACGUCCCAGAGGAACAGGAGGUGACGUCACUACAGGACAUGACCAACAAGCUGCUGGAGCCUGGUUUUCUGGUUUACGUGUCGGCAGUGCUGGUGUUGUGUGCGGUGCUCGUGUUGUAUUUCUCGCCGCGGUUCGGCCGAACCAACAUCCUCGUCUACAUCAGCAUCUGCUCGCUGCUCGGAGCCUUCACCGUCUCCUCUGUGAAGGGCCUCGCCAUCGCCAUCAACACCGUGCUGUAUGAUAUUUCAGUGCUUGCUAGUCCUCUUACCUGGAUCCUGCUUCUCACCCUCAUCGUCUCCAUAGUAACACAGGUGAACUACCUGAACAAGUCCCUGGACACCUUCAACACCUUGCUGGUCUACCCCAUCUACUACGUCCUCUUCACCUCCGUGGUUCUGUCCACCUCCAUCCUCCUCUUCCAGGAGUGGAGGAGCAUGGCGGCCGUGGACGUGGCCACGACGCUGGGGGCCUUCAUGGUCAUCGUGGUGGGCGUGGCCAUGCUCCACCUCUUCAAAGAGCUGCAGGUGACGAUGAAGCAGCUGACCAAUCAGCUGUCUCAGCCAGUGAACAGGGAGGAGAUGUCAGCCAGCGGAAGAGGCGUGGAAGGACGGAGGAAUAAAAAAGAGGACAAAUACGGACUGAUGGACAACAUGGUGAUAGAGAGUCUGCCUCCUAUGAGAGAGGAGGGACCGAGAGUCUUCAUCAUCAGUUGAAAGAGACAGAGGAAGGACAGAGACACAGGUUUGUGUUUCCGGCCUGGACUAGUUCAGACCCCCCAGCGCCGUGGUCCUCAACUCUGACUGAUACUGUGAGUCUCUAGUUUUACGGUGUUUCAUUUCAAUAUUGAGAUCCUUCAACUUUCACACAAAACAAACUGAUUUACCUGAACAUGUUGUGCAGCUCUUGGACAGAAGUUUGAGGGAAACACAACACGCCAUUUACUCUUAGUGACUUCAUGUGUCUUGGGGCAGAUCGGAUAGAUUUCGGAUAUUAAAAAGGGAAGUGUCCAAUGCAUCCACUCACCGUGAGACACAAAAAGACUAUGAAUGAACUAAUGAAAUGCUAAACGCCGGCACAGGGACACAAAACGAGCACAGAGACUGAAAACGACCACAAAGAGACGCAAAACAACUACAAAGAAUCGCUAAAUGACCAAAAAAAGGCACAGAACAACCGCAAAGAGACACAGGUGUAAAUGGGGCCCCCGUCCGUUAUCAUCUGAAAAAAUAAGACGUCACCUUCAGAUCGCUAAAUUUUGUGCGUUUACUCUUGUUUUUUUCCCAGAAGGUGGAAAGAGAUGUGUUUUAUAACACAACAGGACACCAUGAAAAAUUCUAUUUCAGUCACCUGAUAACCAGGUACCUUAAUUAAAAAGUUGAGUAUUUUAUUUAUUCAGCAGUUGAAGGAUGAGGCUGGUGUUACGCAGCAUUGUUUUGCUGUCAUCGACUCCGAUGUGCAGACCCAAACCAACAACGCGUUAGUCCGUCUCUCAACACUUUCCCUACUUCGUCUGUGUCUCGGCUCGAUGCCCGUUGCUUCCUACCAAACUCACCGUGAGACGACAUCUUAUCUAGACAUAUUUAGAUAUUUUUUCAUUUUUAAAAAAUACUCCGCAUUUCAGCUGUAAUUCACGUCUGAUAACGCAGAGCUUUUUUUACAGUAGCUGCAGCCUAGCGUCGCCACCCGAAACCCUGCUAUGAAUGGGAUCAGCUGUAAAUAAGUAAUAACCUGCGGCAUAUUUUUUGGCCUCAGACGGGGCAAUGGUGCAACUUGAGAGCAGAGACCUUGGCAGACAGGACAAAACUGCAGUGUGGUUACGUUUUCAGAGUGGUGACCAUGUGGGCCUCCCUCAGAUAAAAAAGGAGCGUCUCUCUUUCUCUGGUUUCUGGGCAAACUUUUGGACGUUUAUUCACGAUGGACGUCAGAGCUAAAAACGUGUCUCAGGUCUGCGUGGUCAGAGAGGACUGAGUUAUAACUCCGAGAAGGGAGGUGGUUUCCGAUGCGACUUGGGUCUUAAAAUACCUUAACAGUGUCCCGGAGCUGUGGGCCACAGCCACUGCCGCUGCUCCAACUGCUGACUUGUGUUUUUUAGAACACCUGCACUCACCUGUCCCUCUCACCUCGUGCAGUAUCUUUACCUCACGCCCCCCCCCCAGUUUAAAACCUCUGCAAUAGGAGCAGCAAAAUCCGCCAUUAAAGGAAACGAUGAGAACAUUUAAUGGAACACUGGUUCAGUCUCAAAACCUAAAGUAAAUGGGCAGAAAUGUGACGACUUCCACUGCUCACAGUCUCUUUAUCGUUAUACUAGAGCUGCAACGAGUAGUUGAUUAAUCAGGGAAAAAAACAACAAUCCGCAACUAUUCUGAUAGUCAAUUAAUAGUUUCAGUCAGUUUUAAAGAAUGAUUAAUUGUUUGACUGAAAUAACGUCAGGAAACAGGUUAAAAAUGCUCAUCAAAAUAUCCUGGAGCCCAACGUGUCAAAAGUCAUCAGAUGUCGCAUUUUGUCUGAGAGGCCAAAACCCAAAGAUAUUUAAUUUAAUUUAAUGUUUAGACAAAGGAAAGCAGAAAUUACCCCACACACACACACGCACACACACGCACACA